CGACCCCAUCCAGAGCCCAGGCGAGGCGCCGGCAGCAGCGCCGGGCGGGCGGGCAGCCCGCAUCAUGUCCCCGCUCCGCGUCUGCAUCGUCGGCUCUGGGAACUGGGGAUCAGCCAUAGCAAGAAUCAUUGGCAAAAAUGUCCAGAAGUCCAACAGAUUUGAUCCUACUGUCAAGAUGUGGGUAUUUGAAGAGAUCAUCAAUGGAAGAAAACUGUCAGAGAUAAUGAACCAGGAACAUGAAAAUGUUAAAUAUCUGCCUGGAUACAAGAUACCAAAAAAUGUGGUGGCUGUACCAGACGUGGUUGAAGCAGCAAACGGGGCAGACAUUUUAGUGUUUGUUCUGCCACAUCAGUUCAUUGGACGAGUCUGUGAGCAGAUUGCAGGCCAGAUAAAACCCGGGACAUUUGGGAUUUCCCUGAUCAAGGGGAUCGAUGAGGGGCCCGAUGGCCUGAAGCUCAUAUCUGACCUCAUCCGAGAGAAACUGCAAAUAGAAAUCAGUGUGCUCAUGGGGGCCAACAUAGCCAAAGAAGUGGCUGAUGAGAAGUUCUGUGAAACCACCAUUGGCUGCAAAAACAAAAAACAAGGGGAGAUCUUUAAAGAAUUAAUGCAGACCCCCAAUUUCAGGAUUACCGUGGUGCUUGAUUCUGAUACAGUGGAGCUUUGUGGAGCCUUAAAAAACAUCGUGGCGGUGGGAGCUGGGUUCUGCGACGGGCUGGGCUACGGUGAUAACACCAAGGCAGCAGUGAUACGCCUGGGCCUUAUGGAAAUGGUGGCCUUUGCCAAGAUGUUCUGCAAGGGAUCAGUAUCAAUAGCCACUUUUCUGGAAAGCUGCGGCGUCGCUGACCUGAUCACUACCUGCUAUGGGGGUCGCAACCGAAAAGUAGCCGAAGCCUUCGCUCGCACAGGAAAAUCCAUUGAGGAACUGGAAAACGAGAUGCUGAACGGACAAAAGCUACAAGGUCCUCAGACCUCAGCUGAAGUCUACAAGAUUCUGAAACAGAAAAAUAUGCUGGAUAAGUAUCCAUUAUUUACAACCAUCUACAAGAUCUGCUACGAGGGUCAAUCGAUCCAGGAUUUCAUCAUGUGCCUGCAGAACCACCCAGAGCACAUUUAGAAUCCCCCUCUCCCCACUUGCUCCUCACCUUCCCAGGACUUCUGGAAACAUUUAAAUAAGAGCAACAGGUUGUGUGACAAGACUUGCUGUAAGAGCAACAGAGAAUGUCUUUCAGUAUCCUCAUUCUGGGGGCAAAAAUCUGCCUUUCAUUUGAACAUUGUACCUAAGGAACAGGAAAUGAAUGUACAAUUUAACAGCAUUUGAGUAAACUUUGGCCAUUUGCUUAGAACUACUUUCUUGCGGAUUGAAAGCAGUUCCCCUUGUAGUUUCCAUAACAAGAGCUCAACCUAGCUCACGUGAACCUCAACAUUUUGCCUACUAAUAUUACUUACAGAACAGCACAAGAUGCAAAAAAAGUGAGCAACUUACCCAAAUAAGAUUCGUAGUUAAUAAAGAAAAAGCUCUGACAGGAAUAAGAUGCAAUCACGUGGGCCAAUGUUGGGUUUCAACGAUUCCCCUCAAAUACAAGUAACAUCUUGUAUUUUGUGACAUUUAGUCCUUCCUUGAUUUUCUUCUCCAGUGGAAGCCUCUUUGGAAAAAUAGGUAUUGUUACUGUGUUCAGACCCACAUGAAUGUUCAGUAGAUGUAUAAAUAAAUCAGUUGCAGGAGCAAGGGAAGGAGAAAGAAGGGGGCUUGGGGUUGUUUUUUGUUUGUUGGUUUUAAAUUCAGGACGCUAUGAAUCCUUGUUAGCAGUCUGACCUUUGUUAGACUUACUGCACUCUGUUACAUACAGAAAAAAAGCAUUAAUAACCACAUAAAUUUAUGUUAGCAUCAGGAUUUCCCAAGAAGUCACAGUCAUUAGUGGGUACUAGCUGAGGGAGGAAGAACUGGAGGUUGAGGAGGAGGAUGUGUGCAUGGCUCAUCCUGCAGCUGGUGCAAUGCUGCUAUUUUGAGGACUUAAGUAACAAUGAAAAAACCCUCUGUGAUACUUGACCAAUUUUUAUACAUGCAUGAAAGUGACCGCUACAGACGCACAGAAAUCCUGCAUUUGAAACCAGGCUGCAUUUUAACUCCUCUGGGAAACUCCACUGGAUUGACAGCAGUGCAGCUCCCACAUCUUCCCAGGCUGCAGAUUAAUGUCCUGAUCAUGCUGUAGCUUAACACAUCUCACACCCUGGAAGAGACAUCUCUCUAUCUCCUUCUGAAAUUUAAACACAAACUGGUUCGUAGACCAGUUUGGUUUUUUUAUUUUGCUACGAAUGGUGUUCAUUUUAGAAACAUAACAUUUUUAAAACCUUAUAGCUGUACUUAGGUAACUUUACAUACCUGAUGUUUUUCAGAGUUAAAGCCGUCUAUGAAAUGAACAGUGGCACAUUUUAUAAGCUUUAAUACCCUUUUGAAAGAUUCCUAUUUUGAGAUAAGGCAAAUAAAAAGGAGGAGUAACCUACUUUUGCUUUGCUUUAUCUGAUUUUCCAAAAUAGCAGAGAGGAAGGCAAGAGGUUUUUUAAUCUCUCUAUGUAGUUGCUGUCAUAUCGCUUAGGGAAAAUAAAAAAGCUAGAUUAGAAAAUCGUCUCCGCUCUGCAUUUUAGAGGAAUGUCAUUUUAUCUUUCACAUUUGUCAGAGAUAGAUAUAUAUAUACAUGUGUAUGUGUUACUUGUAAUUAUAAAUAUAAUGUAAAAAUCUCAGUGUUUCAGCUAGUAAAGCUGGCUGGGUACCAAACAGUGGCUGCAGCAUCACAGAUCCCUGUGGAACAGCAGCUAAGGUGGCUCAGCAUUCCCAGCUCCCAGUCCUGUCACAGCCAACGGCUCGGGGCUCCACAGGAACAUGCCAGCAUUCCUCCAGCUGAAAUGGGAAUUGUGUGGCCAAAUCCUUUACACAAAGCAGAGAGUCUCAAUCUUCCAUUUCAAGUGGAAAAAGACUUAAAUACUGUAUAAUUUUAAAGUAUCAAAUACAUGAGAAUGGGAUAGAGAAUAGAGGAACCUCCUUACCUCACCAGCAGGCCAAGCUUCUCGUAAGUCAUGUGCAAGCUAAUAAUAAUACAGAACAUUUUACAUGCAAAGUGUAUCCAAUAACAGUUUAAUAAAGUAAUCAGUAUGCAGACUUGAUGUAAUUUAACUUUUCAA